UUGUUGGCUCAAGUUAUGAUAUGAGACCUUGACCUGGUCCCGGCCCGUGAACCAGGAGCACACAGUUCUUCAUUCUGUCUCCAGCCUCCUCUGCUCUGUGUGUGGGGACGGAGCUCGUUGUCUUCCCACCGGUCGGAGGGCGCCAUGGCGGUGGGAUCCCUUCAAACUCUAGCAUUCAGGCCUCCAUCGGCCGCAGGAAAUGGCGUUUCCGGGCGACGAACAGCGUCUUUUCCGGCGAAUCUUUUCAGUUUCCCACGCGAGUUUCUCAUUGCUAUCGCUCCUCCGUCGCUCUUCGCCGAAUCUCGUCAGGUUGUGCGAUAUCUGCGGGCAACUGGAGGAUCCGACCAGGUAUAUGGUGAUGGAAAUGAUCAGAGUAAGGAUUCAAAUAUUCAGAAGGUCUUUUCUUGGACACAGCCAUUGUUGGACUUUGUAGGAACCAACUUCCUUCCUUUAGCUCUUGUCAGUGGAAUAACUAUAGGACUUGUCAAUCCAACUCCUGGCUGUCUUGCUCACAAAUAUUCUUGGUCAAGAUUUAGUACCUGUGGGAUCUUCUUUAUCUCAGGACUCAUGUUGAGCAGUAGGGAACUUGGUGCAGCUAUAGAAGCUUGGCCUGCGGGACUUUUUGGGCUAGGUUCAAUUCUGUUGUUUACUCCUUUUUUCUCAAGGCUUAUCUUACAAAUUCAGUUGAUGCCUCAUGAAUUUGUCACUGGGUUAGCAAUUUUUUGCUGCAUGCCAACAACCUUGUCAAGUGGAGUUGCAUUGACACGACUUGCUGCGGGGAAUGCUGCUCUUGCUCUUGCAAUGACUGUGAUAUCUAAUUUGUUAGGCAUUAUGAUCGUGCCAUUUUCUAUCUCUAGGUACAUAGGAGUGGGAGCUGGGGUGUCUGUCCCUACUUCGCAAUUAUUUAAAAGUCUUAUCACUAAACUUUUGGUCCCACUCAUUAUCGGAAAGGUUGUUCGGGAUUCCUCAGAACGCAUGGCAGAAUAUGUUGAUCGAAAUCUUCGUUCUUUCUCAAUGAUUAAUGCAGUACUUCUUAGCCUAGUGCCAUGGAUGCAAGUGAGCAGAUCAAGAUCUCUACUAUUGACAGUGAAGCCAGCAGUUUUUGCUGUCGCCAUUGGUAUGGGAAUACUACUACAUCUCAUUCUGUUGGCAUUCAACGCCCUAACAGUGCGUAGCCUGUCAGUAGUCUCUGGCGGUAGCAAAUCGGUUUUUGCAAAGAAAGAGAAUGCCCGUGCUGUAAUAGUAGUUGCCAGCCAGAAAACACUACCUGUAAUGGUCGCUGUUGUUGAGCAGCUUGGCAGAGCAUUCGGUGAACCUGGAUUAUUAGUCUUACCAUGUGUUGCUUCCCACAUCAUGCAGAUAGUCAUCGACUCCUUUAUAGUAAACUUGUGGCUUUGGAAGGAUCAACUUUCUGCUAAAAUCAAAGAAGCUUAGACCAUGAAACAACCCAUGUUUAUAUGCCAUAGCUUGUCGCAGAAUCUCCUGCUGGGUGAUGCAUGAGAAGUACUGUUCAUCAGAUUAUGCAACCAUCUAGACCCCAGUAAUCGUGCUGGUUGGUCCCUGUUUGAGGAUGCACUUAGCUGCAACUAGGAUCUGCUUAUUCUUUCAGGGAGCCCCAAUUGUAUUCUAUUUAUAGGUGCAACUGCAAAAGGAUUUAACAUUAAUUUUGCUGCUUUGUAGGCUUCAGAUGCAGUUAUCUGGAUUAAAGCAUGUGUUGCCCAUCCAACUUAAGAAAUACAGUUGCUAGUUUCCAUCUCAUCUGUAUAA